CCACCUCCCCGGCCCGAGGCACACUGCAGCUCGGCGCCGACUCUCCGGCCCCGGCGAGGUGGCUGCAAACUCUCGGGCACGCACAGCGCUCGGGGAUCCGGACUCGGGGGAGGGGACGCGCACGGAAGGCGCCAGCUUCCUCCCGCCCGCCCCUCGCAGCCGCGAGCCGAGGUCGGAGGAACCCGGAGCCCCAGCCCGGCAGAGCUGAGCGGCGGCGGCGGCUUCCCUUUUCUCCCCCAGCGAGCCCUGAAGUGCCUCGGGGACCGGCCCUAAAAAGAGCAGGAAAUCUUGUUUACCGCCCAAGGAGCACAGCCGAUCGAGCCUUUGUCUGGAAAGUCAGCAUCUCUGGCUCCGUCAGCAAUGUGUGCCUGGUGACAUUAGCCUUGGGCAGACCGGCCGGAAAAGGGGGGUCGCCAGGUUCAGAUCUGGUUUCAGAGGCGGAUCGAGCGGGUGACUUUUGUGCAUUCGUUUUAAUUUUUGUAAAUCUCUCUUAUUUUUCCUCCCUCGCCCGCUGCCGGGCAUGUCCUGAUCUGGCGCCCGCUACUACUGCCCCGGGCUGCCGAUCAGAGCGGUUUCCAGUGGGUCUCCCUCCCUCCCUGGCUGACUUUGCAACACCGCGUUCCAGGCGGAUCGACCUCGGCGAGGAAGGAGGCGGGGGAGCCGCGAACACCAGGACCCAAGCCUUGACAUGCUCUCGGGCGGAGAGGAGGAAGCCAGGACCUGAGCGCACCGCCGGGGCUAAUUCGCCGCCCGGGUCCGAGCACGGGGCUCCGGGCGCUUUGCCCUGAGCCUGGGCGGCAGCCUUGUUGGUCUGGGGGAGCCCCCACUCUUCCCGCCCCGGGGGUCCGCGGCCGGCAGGACCAUGCUGCUGAAGGAGUACCGGAUCUGCAUGCCGCUCACCGUAGCCGAGUACAAAAUCGGACAGCUGUACAUGAUCAGCAAGCACAGCCACGAACAGAGCGACCGAGGAGAAGGGGUGGAGGUCGUCCAGAACGAGCCCUUCGAGGACCCUCACCAUGGGAACGGGCAGUUCACGGAGAAACGCGUGUAUCUCAACAGCAAACUGCCUAGUUGGGCUAGAGCUGUUGUUCCCAAGAUAUUUUAUGUUACAGAGAAGGCGUGGAACUAUUAUCCCUACACGAUUACAGAAUACACAUGUUCCUUUCUGCCAAAAUUCUCCAUUCAUAUAGAAACCAAGUAUGAGGACAACAAAGGAAGCAACAACAGCAUUUUUGACAAUGAAGCCAAAGAUCUGGAGAGAGAAGUGUGCUUUAUCGAUAUUGCCUGCGAUGAAAUUCCAGAACGUUACUACAAAGAAUCUGAGGAUCCUAAACACUUCAAGUCAGAGAAGACAGGACGGGGCCAGUUAAGGGAAGGCUGGAGAGAUAGUCAUCAGCCCAUCAUGUGUUCCUACAAGCUGGUGACCGUGAAGUUCGAGGUCUGGGGGCUUCAGACCAGAGUGGAACAAUUUGUACACAAGGUGGUCCGAGAUAUUCUUCUGAUUGGACAUAGACAGGCUUUUGCAUGGGUUGAUGAGUGGUAUGAUAUGACAAUGGAUGAUGUUCGGGAAUACGAGAAAAACAUGCAUGAACAAACCAACAUAAAAGUUUGCAAUCAGCAUUCCUCCACUGUGGAUGACAUAGAGAGCCAGGCCCAAACAAGUACAUGACAAUGGAUGAAGUCCGAGAAUUUGAACGAGCCACUCAGGAAGCCACCAACAAGAAAAUUGGCGUUUUCCCCCCUGCCGUUUCUAUCUCCAGCAUUCCCCUGCUGCCGUCCUCAGUCCGCAGCGCCCCUUCCAGCGCUCCAUCCACUCCUCUCUCCACAGAUGCGCCAGAAUUUCUGUCGGUUCCCAAAGAUCGGCCCCGGAAAAAGUCUGCCCCAGAAACUCUCACGCUUCCAGACCCUGAGAAAAAAGCCACCCUGAAUUUACCUGGCAUACAUUCUUCAGAUAAGCCAUGUCGGCCUAAAGCAGAGUAGCUUCAUAAGAAUAUUUCAUGGGGUUUUAUAUUUUCGGUUUGGGGUCUUGUUUUUUUUGUUUGUUGUUUUUUUUUUAAUAAUCUGGUAUAGAAAAAGACUGCUUUGUCACUCAAACAUGUCCCUUUGAUCUUUUGAGUGUGCAUGUAGUUAAGUAAUUUCACAUAUGAUUCCUUAAGUGUGCCACACAGCGUCAUAUUAGAUGUAAGAUGUAAGACUUGCAAAGGACAGAAGGGAUCUUCUGUAGCCACAGCUGGAUGCCAGGGAGGAAGCCUUGUUUAUUGGGCAUUUGAUGAGGUUGGCAUGGACUUCCAGGGUAAAUAAAUGAAAACUUUGCACCACUGUGUUACAAGGUGUAGUGAAAUAGUGAAGUCAGUUUCCUCCCAUCAAACCUGAAAUUCUCAAAAAUAUUCUCAGGCACAAUAUACCUAAUUGUUAAAUUUUGAACUGCUCCUUACCAAUACUUGAAUACCAGUAGUUACUGAGAUUCCUAUUUGCGUUAGUCUGACUCAGGAUUUGGGGCCUAAUUAACUCUUUAAAUUUUUUGGAAAUUUUAAUUAUCAACAUGUAGAGGCUCCAAGUGCAAUUAACAGUAACCUAUUUAUACCUUUCACAGAAUUUAAUAAAGAUUCCACUUGUUUCUGUCUUUUAAUAACUUUCCCCUUUGUACCCUUGUGGCCUCAGAAAUCUUUUAAGAAUUACAUGGAUGAAUGUGACCAUAACUGUCUGAUUUGGGGAUGGUUUGGUUUAGGAACCAAGAGGCCCAGGUGAGGCAAACGUCUUUUUUUUUCUACAGGUACCAACGAACCUUGACCUAUCACCUUCCAUCAUCCUUUAAGAUUCUCAGAAUUUGCAAUUAAUUGAGUAGAAUUCAUUGACUCUUUACCCAUUCAAAGAAGUUCAAGGAUAGAGUAAACUACCUGGACUUUAACACUGUCAGAGUUGUCUCCCAUCCCCUUCCUCAUUUUACUCUUAAUAACAUCUAGACCUCCCUGAACGGAUUGCCCAUCACUAGACCUUAGAAAAGAUUGUCAUUCUCUUGCUCCUUACUUGAAAUCCAAAUAUUGGGAAUGUCACAAAAGUCGAGUGAAUACAGUCGAGUGGGAGGAGAAAAUGAGCAGAAUGGCUGACUCCUAUCUGUAGAGUAACAAGGAAAAGUGAUAAAAGAUGCCCCUCUGUCUAGCUUUCUUUUCUGAGAGUAUUGGUAAUGCAAGAUUAGACUCAAGGUUGAUGGGAGACAAGAUCACUCACCAAAGUGGCAGAGAGAGAACUCUCCUUUGAUCUAAAGAGAAGACUGCCACCUUUGCACCUCACUGCCUUUAAACACAGAAAGAAGAGCAAACAGAAUCUGGCAUUUCCUUUUGUCCUCCAAGAGAGGAAGAGAACAAGGUAAUUGGGCAACUCCAAGGCCCCAGCUAGCCUUCCUGACCAUAACCUCCAACCUCAGGAAAGGGACCUUCCCCAAACACAGAUUCCAAAGGACACUACAUAGACCAAGGAGGGUAUCCUCCUCCUCUUACACAGCCUCUCAGCCAGUGGACCCUGCCUGCUUCUCUCUCUCAGAGCACAGCACUCUGCCUAGUGUCCUUCCAGUUAACAGACUCUCCCAAGGUGCAGGUGCUGGCCCCAUGAGCCCAGCACCAAGUGUUCUAAGUCAUAUGUCAGAUUGUCAAGAUCAUUUCUUUAUCUAUAGGUUGACAUUUAGCUUAAUAAAUAAAUAAACCCAGAACUCAAAGGGAACCCAUUGCAAAUAGCUUAGAUCAACAGUGCAUCUCUUCCCUAAGAAUGAUAGCACCAUAGUAAGACACCGCCUUUGCAUGGUAUGGUAGCAUGAUUUUUGCUUGUGGGAAAACUCAAUCUUUUAUCAAGACCCCUUGGACUUCUCAAUGGCUCUCUUUCGACACAGUAGCACUUAACAAGAAUGUUUCCCUUUGGAAGUAAAAUUCUCCUUUCAGAAGACAGUGACAUGGUGUGUAUAUUUGCUUACCAUUUGCAAGCUGAAAUCAGGAUGGGGUGGGAUCGUGAUUUUUGCAUGGAAUGAAUUUAUUUUGUGCGUGCUGUUCACACAUCUAGACCUAGUUUUUCUGUUGAUGCCAUUGCUAAUUUUCCAUUUUUGUAAAGUAGCUUCUGCUAUCCAGGUCAGCAAUUCUAUAUGCUUUAGAAAGCUAAUUUCUGGUUUCCUACUGUGAGUUUUCUUUCUCUUAUAGCCAGUACAAUACCACAGACAUUACUUGCAAAACUACCACUGAUAGUGUAAUUCUUAGCCAACAAAUAUGUGUGCUCUUAAAGUAUGUUCAGUUUUUCUGUCUACAUGUGGUUUGUGUGCAUUUUAAUGGGGGGGGGGGGAGACGGGUGCAGAUAUUCCUUUAGCUGCUUUGAAUAUUUAGUCCAGUCAUCACAGGGCAUAAAUGACUUCAGUAUUUUAUUUGUCUUGAUUGUCAAGUGUCAUUUCACAGUCUCCAUACAUGAAUUUGUUUAUUGUGGGGUACAAGCCUGCGAUGAAUGUGUAUAUAGAACAUUAUUAAUUCCUAUAAGGCUGGAAACUAAGUGGCUGCAUGAUGGAAAUUUAGAAGAAAAGAAAAGCAGAAACUUGAAUUCAUUAAGCAUGUUUAGGGGAAGAAUAGAAUCUUAACUCAGUGCCUCUGUCUGCAAUGUGGAAACCUUCAACCUUGUUCACCAAAAUUGUACUAUACCUGUAUAUAUAUAAAUAUAGUGAAUCCGACACCACCAGUUUUAAGUCUCUGGUAGCCAAAUUAAAAUAAAUAAUCCACAGAAUAACACGUAUGUUCACCCGAUCUUUGUCUCUCAUGUUAGUGGAGACCAUCAAAAUGACCAUAGAUUUCAUUACUUUGAAUGGACUUCAAAUUACGAAAUGCCCUUGUGCUUUUCGUUGGCCAUAGUACAGCACUGUUGCUUUAGCUGUGCUUUCCCAGGAUAAGAAGCCCUUGGUGUUUUUACUGCAUAAACUUUGUCAGAAGUCAGCUCUGAAGACCAUUUCAUUUUCCUGCUUUUGGGCUGGAAUAAGACAAAGCAAAGAGGAAGCAUAACGACAAAGGAGUCCGUGACAUUUUUGUUACUACAUGAUAACCAAAACAGUAUGAGUUCACUGGUGAACGAAUUUAUAAACCCUUCUGUUUUGGUCUUGCAUUUGUGUGAGGGAAAAUGGCUUUAAGUUAUUUGGAGGUAUUUAUUAGCCAUGUUUUUGGUUGUGAAAAUAAAUCUCUAAAUAGCACAAUUGUGUGUGUCUAAUGUAGACACUCAAAAAACACAAAAAGACCCCCAAAAGUUAUGUGGUUUUCUUCCAAGACACUGUAAUAAACAGUGACCUAAGAGAAUAGAUUCUGACACUACUCAAGAAAUCAUUUUUCCAUGAAAAUUUCAAGGCUAAUGGAUUUAUGCGUAUUUUAAAAUUCUACUCGCCUUAGCAUCUUUUCAAUGGCUCAGAGACGACACGUCACUGGCUGGCAUAGGUCAACAACAAUUUUACUUUUCAGAAGGGCCAGAGAAUAAUUUACUCCACGUGUAAUACGUACUCAGAUAAUCCAAUGGGAAAGAUUGUUUAAAUAGUUUUAGUCCCUUUCUGAUCAUCUGAUUCAGUAGGCUGGGUGACGAUAUGCCAUCUAAGCCAUAAUUCUUGAAAUUAAAAAAAAAACCAGUGACUGCACUUGAUCAUAAAUCAUUUAAAACUAUUCUUUCCUGCUGAAACCGAGUGUUACACAAGAGCAUGGCAAUGGCAUACAGAGGCAACACAUACCAGAUUCUUCUGUGUUCUACCUUCAAAACAAUCUGUUUCAUUUGAAAUGUAAGUGUUUAAGCUUUUUAGGAGUUAGUGCAAUAAGAGAAUGUGAAUAUGUUGAGACCUUUCCAGAUGCUGUUAUUGUUAUUUUGUCGUUAAGUUAACAGAUGCCUUAGGGUAAGCCUCUCAAUGUUUUUGCUUAAAAUCGAAAGCCUGUCUGUUGAAUUGCAAGUCUCCCUUCAGUUUGUGUGUGUCACCAAGGAGAGGUUCUUUGAGUUGAUGUUAUACCUGUGCCACUUGUAUGUAGCUUCAAGUGUAAUUUUUAGCGUUUACAUUUCGAGCUGAGAUCUUGAUUAAAUGAGUCAAUAUACCACUGCCACAGCUGAGGGACCAAGUUUUGGGCUGCACAGUGUUAUAGACAGCAAGCAAAGCAAACAAAAUUGAUCCUCACACACGCCAUCCUCCUGUGUCAUUUUAUGGCUGUUUUGUGGUUUUUUUCCCAGUUAUUUAUUAUUGAUAAUAACUUACUUUUUCUUACAUUCUGUUGUAAAUAAAGUACAAAGCAAUCUUC